AUUCAACUAUUAAUUGCGUGGCUACAUAUACUCCCAUCAAAUACUUGGUUACCAAAUCCACCACUAUAAAAAAACCAAACUACCCACCUCUAGAAUAAAAUAACGUCAUUUUUCUAAUCAUCUUUCAAUUAAAAUUUGUCAGUAGUGAUCGUGCAUUUCUUCUUUCAAAAGUAAUCAAAUACGGAGUAAUUUGUAAUUCAAUUAGGAAAAUAAAUUGCUAAAAUAAUGUCGAUAAUCUCGCAAUUUUGCCUACUGCCGGUAAAAUCCCACACUUCACCUUCACAAACCCAACAGUUUACCACCAAAUCCCGGCUCCUUUCUCCAACCCCACUAAACUCGACCCUUUUGAGCUCAGGGGCAAAAAGGGAAAUCUCAACCAUCACUGUGAAAGCAGCAGCGUCAUCAGAGUCAUUUGAGUGGGGAUCAGAAAAACCCACCACCAGCAGCAACGGCGGUGCAGCGAUUGCAGUUGCGGAUGAGGAGACGGCAGUGGAUGUGGAUGAGAAUUCUAGGUUGAAGCAACAACUGGUGGAUUCGUUUUACGGGACAGAUAGAGGGUUGAAAGCAAGCAGUGACACGAGGGCGGAGGUUGUAGAGUUGAUUACGCAAUUAGAAGCGAAGAAUCCAACACCUUCUCCUACUGAUGCUCUUUCUCUUCUCAAUGGCAAGUGGAUUUUAGCAUACACAUCAUUUUCUGGCUUGUUCCCACUGCUUUCCCAGGGGAAAUUACCACUUGUCAAAGUGGACGAAAUCUCACAGACUAUUGAUUCUCAAAAUUUAACUGUCCAGAACUCGGUGCAGUUUUCAGGUCCCCUGGCUACCACUUCUCUCAGUACCAAUGCCAAGUUUGAAGUCCGCAGCCCCAAACGUGUUCAGAUCAAGUUUGUUGAAGGAAUCAUUGGCACUCCCCAGAUAACCGACAGCGUAGUUUUACCUGAGAAUGUAGAGUUUCUGGGGCAAAAAAUUGAUCUUACACCUUUGAAGGGCUUGUUUAACUCAGUACAGGACACUGCUUCAUCAGUUGCAAGGUCAAUUUCCAGUCAACCACCGUUGAAAUUCAACAUUAAUCAAAAUGAAGGGUCGUGGUUGCUUACUACCUACCUCGAUCAAGAGCUUCGAAUCUCAAGGGGUGACGGAGGCAGUGUGUUUGUUUUCGUAAAGGAAGGAAGUGCUCUUUUGUCUCCCUAAACAAAGCUUAAUGCCUCUUAAUUAAUUAGUAUACACUGCAAUCUAGACUGGGUUACAUACUAUAUAUGUAGUCGCAAUAAAGCCACCCGUAUUUGGUUCAAAUGAUUAUACAGAAUGGUAACUAGCUUGAACUGCUACUUGUAUAUGUUGAACUGCUACUUGUAUAUGUAUAUAGUUCAAAGAGAUGCUGUAAUAUGCUUUCAGUGAUUAUAUACAGUAAAUUUCAGUCAGUCAAAUACAAGAAAGAUGAGGUUUUUAUUUAUUCCCA